UCGCGAACGAGGUUGGACAGUCGGCAAUGGACAUCACUUUCCUGGGAACUGCGUCGGCCCAGCCUUCUCCCACGCGCAACCAUUCGUCGCUAGCAUUCCGACCCGAUGGUGGCGACGUGUGGCUGUUUGACUGUGGGGAAGCCACGCAGCAUCAGCUGAUCAACCUCAUGGCCGAUUACACGGCGUUGGCGAUCCCAGCUCCCGGCAACGUCGCACCCGCCCACUCUGCUCCACGACUUGCCAAGAUAUCUCGCAUCUUUCUCACGCAUCUCCACGGGGAUCACUGUUUUGGCCUGCCUGGUCUGCUCUGCACGGCUGGCUCGGUUGUGUCUCCGAAUGCAACAAGCAUGAACGACGGACGAACCCCUCGGCCAACCAAUCCUGUGCACAUCUAUGGACCUCAAGGGACCAAGUCGUACGUUCGCAGCAUGCUUCAACACACCAUGUCCCGCGUAGGCACUGGAUUUGCAGUACACGAGCUGCUGUUUGGAGCUUCUGUCGACGCAUCUCCACCUGCAAACGACACUCCACAUAUUGACGAAGUACCUGGAGAAUCCUACAGCGCACUCGUCACGACCUCUGGCUAUGCUUACUGGACCCUUCCUCCCACUUCAUCUGGGUUUGUCAUCCAAGCCGCAGCCAUCCCCCACACAGUGCCCACGGUGGGCUACCUCUUGCGAGAGCCGGCUUCUCCUGGCCGGUUACAGAUUGAGCUCGUGCGGCCCAUCUUGCAGCGCAACAGCGCAGCACUAGGGCUAAAGAAUCCGCUGUCGCUGCUACCGCGGCUGAAAAGAGGAGAGUCGCUGGUCAUGCCUGAUGGAACAGUGAUGUCUCCCGAGCUAUGUCUAGCCAGCCCUCGUCCUGGCCGGGUCGUGCUGAUUCUCGGCGACACGUCGAACGCACUCGAGUCUGCGUUUGUAACGUUGUCACAGGACGAUGUAGUCGACGUGGUCGUGCACGAAGCGACCAACGCGUGCCUGCCCUGUGACAUGGCGGCGGGGCUGACGACGGAAUCGGUAGAAAUAAACACCAAAGCCCAUGGCCACUCGACGCCAGACAUGGCGGGCGCGUUCGCUCGCGCCAUCAAAUGCAAGCGAUUGAUCCUUAACCAUUUCUCCAGCCGAUACAAAGGCGACGGCAGCACCGACAGCAUGGACGUGAUGGACCAAGUGCGGCAGCUGGCCGUCGCGUCGUUUGGUAGCGAUGACGUGGUCUGCGCGCGAGACUUCAUGCAAGUGACCGUCGCCCUACGAUGAUCCGAAGCCUAGUUGUUCAUGAGGUCAGGAUAUGAUUGUGUAAUAGCAAUACACGCUUGUUGAUGUCACUGCCUGAAC